UCAAUUCCUUUCAAGCCAGGUACAAAACUCACCAGGGCGACAAUGUAUCGGACAUUCAGCUCUCGAGUCGCCCUUCGGGCCAUGACUGUCGGCGUUGGCCCCGCGGCUUGUGUCGGGGCUUUCGUUGCGACUCGCCCUGUCAUCCGCUGCGAUGCUCCGACGUUGGCUACUGGUCCGCCUCGACGCCGACAACCUUCUCUCGAUAUCUCACCAGAUACCGUUCGCCAGCUCUCCAGCGGAAGUGUUGCAGGGUUCGGAAUUGGUGUCCUGGUUGGUCUCUUCUCUAAAACCCUCGCCCUGCUCACAGGCUUGGUCGCCUUGUCUAUCCAUAUCGCUUCCCGCUACGGGCUGGACAUUACCCGCACUCUCGGCAUCGACAAGUACUUGAACCGAAGUGCCCUAUGGGCCAGGAGCAAGAAGAACCCAUUGUGGACGUCGUCAUUCCUUGUAACAUUCAUCUUGGCUGCGUUUGUACGUCUAUAG